UUUGUCUAAUAAUAGACUAUUUGUCAAGAUAGUUAGAGAACUGAUAUCAGUAUAAGGCAUUUAGCAGCACUGGAAAACACGCGUUACUUUGUUCAUUCAACUGCGAGAACACACUAACAAACGUAAACAGGAAAACCAGCGUCUUGAAAUGAUCUUCCCCUGACGGCGAUGCUUUUGUCGACACAACACCGGACAAGAUGGCGACCAGCAAUGGUGGAGGUAUGGAAGUGGAUGGAACAGCCACCCCCAGUGUUAUGGCCUCAGGGGUCACUGGGAGUGUUUCUGUGGCCUUACACCCUUUGGUUAUCCUCAACAUAUCAGACCACUGGAUACGCAUUCGGUCCCAGGAGGGCCGACCAAUGCAGGUGAUUGGCGCUCUGAUCGGGAAACAGGAGGGCAGAAACAUUGAGGUGAUGAACUCCUUUGAACUAAUGUCUCACACCAUAGAUGAGAAAGUGCACAUCGACAAGGAGUAUUACUACACUAAGGAGGAACAAUUUAAACAGGUCUUCAAGGACAUGGAGUUCCUAGGUUGGUACACCACAGGUGGUCCUCCAGACCAGUCAGACAUUCACAUCCACAAACAGGUGUGUGAGAUCAUCGAGAGCCCCCUCUUCCUCAAACUUAACCCGAUGACCAAACACACUGACCUUCCUGUUAGCGUUUAUGAAUCUGUGAUAGACAUCAUCAGUGGCGAGGCCACCAUGUUGUUUGCUGAGCUGACAUACACUUUAGCCACAGAGGAAGCAGAGAGAAUUGGUGUUGACCAUGUGGCUCGAAUGACAGCCACUGGAACUGGGGAAAAUUCAACUGUGGCUGAACACCUCAUUGUCCAGCAUAGCGCGAUAAAGAUGCUCCACAGCCGAGUAAAGAUCAUUCUAGAGUACGUCAAAGCCGUCGAAGCAGGAGAGGUUCCGUUCAACCACGAGAUCCUGCGAGAAGCAAACGCUCUUUGCCACAGACUGCCGGUCCUCAGCACCACAAAAUUCAAAACUGACUUCUAUGAUCAAUGUAACGAUGUGGGGCUCAUGGCCUACUUAGGCACCAUCACCAAGACCUGCAACAGUAUGAACCAGUUCAUCAACAAGUUCAACGUCCUGUACGACAGGCAGGGCAUCGGCCGGAGGAUGAGAGGACUCUUCUUUUGAGCUGACAGGGAGGCAAACACUCUUUUCUGUUCUCUCUUUUUGUUUGUGUUAAAAUAA